UAGCCACCAGGGUGACGGAGUGGAGAGAAGCUCCCAGGAUGGAGGGAAAACAAACACGGCUGGGACCAACUCAACUUCUCAACCUGGGAGUGUGCUGAGGUUCCCCUUGAAAAGGAGAAAGACUCCUUUUCCUGCUUGCUGGCCUUGGUUCCUUCCAUAAUGGAGUGUUUUCAAACUGGAAUAUGAACACUCCUGAUAACUGACAAUAUUUUUCAAGGGGUAUUUUACUGAUAGUGCGUACUUAAGCCGCAAGUUUUUCCCUGCAAAACUGAAAAUUUUAUGAUUUGGUUAAGCUGCUGCUCAGAGGGCAAACUAGCUGGCAACAAGAACAAGCCUACUGGUGUGAGCAUGCAAUCAACUGAACAACACAUGGAGUGUCUCUUGAGGUCUACCAAUGUUUACCUGGAGUGCAAAGUGUGAUUCUAAUUGUAUGCAGAAAAACUGAAGAGGAGUGUGUGUGGAGGUCACAGAGCUGGAUUUCCUAGAGAUGGAAGGUCAUGGAUAUGACCGCUUUGGAGAGAGUGACAGGGACAAUUACCAGAUUGAUUACAGAAGAAUUGUAGGAGACAUGGAACCAGCACGGCCUCGCGUCUCAAACAGAGAUGGGGAGCAGUCUCAACACUCCUUUUUGACUCAUGCCUACCCGCCGUCAUAUGGACAUGGACAUGAGACUGCAGCCCAGAGGUACAGCGCCACACGAAUCCAGGCUGGAUAUGAACCAGAAAGCAUGGCCGACUACUUGAUCAGUGGAGGAACAGGUUAUGUUCCAGAGGAUGGACUCACAGCACAACAACUGUUUGCUAUUGGAGAUGGGCUGACUUACAAUGAUUUUCUUAUCCUCCCUGGUUUCAUAGAUUUCACGUCUGAUGAGGUGGACCUGACGUCUGCACUAACAAGAAAGAUCACUCUGAAGACUCCACUCAUUUCAUCACCCAUGGAUACAGUCACAGAGUCGUCCAUGGCUAUCACCAUGGCACUGAUGGGAGGGAUUGGAAUAAUCCAUCACAACUGCACUGCUGAAUUCCAGGCCAAUGAGGUGCGAAGAGUCAAGAAAUUUGAGCAAGGUUUCAUCACAGACCCAGUGGUAAUGAGCCCACAUCACACAGUGGGUGACGUGUUUGAAGCUAAGAGACGCCAUGGUUUCUCUGGGAUCCCAGUGACAGAAACAGGCAAGAUGGGCAGUAAGCUGGUUGGCAUUGUGGCCUCCAGGGAUAUUGACUUUUUGUCCGAGAAGGAUUAUGAGAAACUUCUGGAAGAGGUGGGUCUCGAGUUGUUUGAACUGGGAACACAUUUUUCUUGUGAGCAUAUCAUGUUACACCCAUUUUGCUGUCAUUUGAAAAAGUGUAUUAACAUCAAUCAGUCUUUACAGUUGAAAUAUUUUCUACUACAGGCCAUGACAAAAAGGGAAGACCUAGUUGUUGCACCAGCUGGAGUCACGCUAAAAGAAGCCAACGACAUACUGCAGCGAAGCAAGAAAGGAAAGCUCCCCAUUGUGAAUGACAACGACGAGCUUGUUUCCAUCAUAGCAAGAACUGACCUGAAGAAAAACAGAGAUUAUCCUCUGGCUUCCAAGGACUCGCGCAAACAACUGCUGUGUGGGGCUGCCAUUGGUACCAGGGAGGACGACAAAUACAGACUGGACCUCCUCAUGCAGGCUGGAGUGGAUGUGGUGGUUCUGGACUCGUCUCAAGGAAACUCAGUUUAUCAGAUCAACAUGAUAAACUACAUUAAACAGAAGUAUCCCGAUCUACAAGUGAUUGGAGGAAAUGUGGUGACAGCUGCACAGGCUAAAAACCUCAUAGAUGCUGGUGUGGAUGCGUUGAGGGUUGGGAUGGGCUGUGGUUCUAUCUGCAUUACCCAGGAAGUGAUGGCAUGUGGACGACCUCAAGGAACAUCUGUUUAUAAAGUUGCAGAAUAUGCCCGGCGUUUCGGAGUACCAGUAAUCGCGGAUGGAGGCAUUCAGACAGUGGGGCAUGUGGUGAAAGCUCUUGCCCUAGGAGCGUCUACAGUGAUGAUGGGGUCUUUGCUCGCUGCAACCACUGAGGCUCCUGGAGAAUAUUUCUUUUCAGAUGGUGUGCGUCUGAAGAAAUACAGAGGAAUGGGCUCCUUGGAUGCAAUGGAGAAGAAUAACAGUCAAAAGCGUUACUUUAGUGAGGGAGAUAAGGUGAAAGUAGCUCAAGGGGUCUCAGGAUCAGUUCAAGAUAAAGGUUCUGUCCAAAAGUUUGUUCCGUACCUCAUUUCUGGGAUACAACAUGGCUGCCAGGACAUUGGAGCCAGAAGUUUGUCAAUUUUAAGGUCAAUGAUGUAUUCAGGAGAGUUGAAGUUUGAGAAGAGAACCAUGUCUGCUCAGAUGGAGGGAGGAGUUCAUGGCCUCCACUCAUAUUCUUUUUUGCCAUUUACAAGAAGUGGCUUCAAUGAGGCAGGAGGACGAGGAAGUAUGCGAUCAGGACCAAAUGUCCCGACCCCAGCUGCAGUGAGCCGAUGCAACGGACUCAUGUGAAUAGAGAGUUGACACCAAGAUGAUAGAGUAUUGAUAGGUUCUCUCUUUGAGUUAAAUCAGGAUAAACAGCAAGAUCAUAGAUGACAAAAAGUCAAACUACUGGACACAUGGAUCAUCUGAUGAACUCUUUUCUUUUUUUCAUGUUUUUGCAACGACGGAGGGCUUAAAAAGUUGUAAAGAAGACAUAUUUUAAUCAAUAGGCACAUUUUGAAUUUGAAAUACAAGAGGCUCUUUGCAUUUGAAUUUAAUCUGAUAGAAAUCUGUGUAUAUAUUUUGUAGAAAAAUACCAAAGCAUUUUAUUUCACAAAGUUCAAAUAUACACCUUUGUAAGAAAGUGUUUUCAAGGCUAAAUAAUUGGUAGUCUCAUUUUUAUGUCAUUCCUGAUGUCCUUGAUUUGUACCUUACGUUGUCUAUCUUCUACAAAAGUGUUUAUUAUUAGCAUGACAAUGACUUGGUAUUUUGUCUGUUCAUGCCCACCAUUAAAAAAGAAAGUACCUACUGAC